AUGGAGAGCGGCCUACCGGCGAAUAUGGCAUCGGCUCCCUCAAAUCCGAGCCCUCCGGUAUUCCGGGUGAAGAGAUACAAGGUCCCCCGGGCAUGCGACGCCUGUCGUCUCCGCAAGCUGAAGUGCGACGGGAUUCGCCCAGCAUGCAACCGAUGCCGGAAGAACACCCCGGGAAGCGUCCACUGCCAAUAUUCCACCCAGCCAGGUGGUCGUCCUCGGAAGCAGAGUCAUGCCCCAGCAUCACCCAAGAGGCUCCCGCAGGUGUCCACGAACUCGGAGGAGUCUGAAGCUGGCGCCGUCUAUGCCGCUGGCAACCCGGGCGAAUCGGGGUUUGCCACCGAAAUCAAGAAGGCCAUCGACACAAGGCUUGGCCUUCCGUUCCCGAACAAGAAGCCCUGCCCUACUCCAAUGAUCAGUUCUCCGCUGUUUGGACAGCUUUCUCUCGACCACUCCGUAGCCACUUCCCGCCCUGACCCAGCAAACAGCGUUCUGCCCCCGCGAAAGCAGGGCGACCGUCUCUUGGAUAGGUACUGGCGCCGUAUGCAGAUCUUGGAGCCUCUCCUGGAUCAAGAGCGCUUCACUCAUGCGUACCAAGCGCUUUACCUGGGCAGCGACCUAGAAAUCGAUGAACGGAUCUUCGUCGCCACUUUAAACACCGUGUUUGCUUUGUCCACGCAAUUGGACGAGUCAACGCCGGCGGAAGAGAGGGAUGAGACGAGCCGGACCUUCUUCCGUCGAGCCUGGUCCCUGCUAUGCCCCGAAACCAUCAUUUGGGAACCCGGAUCCCCAGAGCUUGUGCAAUGCCUGCUUUUGAUGUGCCGAUAUUUGCAAUGCACGAACAAUCCUCUCAAGCUGUGGAUGCUCCUCGGAUCCGCGGUGCGCAUAGCCCAGAGUCUCGGCCUCCACCAGCCUGCGUCCUCUCCGUCUCUCUCGCUUAGCGAUGAUGCUUGGAAGAGAAGGCAGUUAUGGCUGGAGAUCUCAUGGAUGCUCGGACGGACCACAACGGUACCGCUAGCUGCAUCAGCCGCCACAAUCGACUCGAUACACCGCGACGUCACGCUGGCCGGACCCCGGCUGGGGAUGGAUGCCAGUUACACCAUAAAGACGAUGGAGCUUCACGAGAUCACCAGCCGCAUCAUGCUGUCGCAGGUGCCCGCCAGCAGCCGCUUCGCCGAGAGCCUCGGUCUGCCGCAAUUGCGAGCAACCGCGGACGUGAGCGUUGCAAUAACGCUAGAUUCAUGCCUGAAGAAAUGGGAACAACGUCUUCCUCCUGCCCUGCGUCUCGACUCCCCCGCGGACCCCGCCGGCAGCGAGCCAGCCGACGGCGCCCAACGACUUAUGCUUCACCUCCGACUCGCCCACGCCCGAACCCUCCUCUUCCGCCCCAUGCUGGCCCAGUUCUGCCUCGCCCAGCCCCAGUCCCCGUCAUCCCGCACCCCGACUCCCAUCAACCCCGCCCAAACCCUAGACCAGCACCUCCUGCGCGACUGCGCCGUCCUCUGCGUCGAAAGCUCCCGCCGCAUGAUCGACCUGCUCUACGACGCUCACACCACCACCACCACCAGCCCGCCCCUCCCCUGGUGGCACCGCAUCUUCCACCUCAUCGUCGCCAGCCAGCACCAGCUAGCCGCGAUGCUGCGCCCGGACGCCUUCCCCUCCGUUUCCCCCUCCUCCUCCACCACCACCACCGCCGCCGCCGCCACCUCCUCCUCUCCCGCGUCGGCGUCGUCGUCGUCGGUGGCGGCAUCGAUUAAUAAUGCCCCGUCCGCGGGCGGACCCGCCGACGCCCUCGGCAGAGCCCUCGAGCUGCUGCGCGCGCAGGCCCAUCUGAGCGCCUGCGUCGGGUAUGUCAUCGCGAGCUUCGAGGGCAUGGCGCGCAAGAUCGCGGAUAUACAUCGGCCUGCUGCUGCUGCUGCUGCUGAUGCUACUCCUGCUGCCGCUGCUGCGGGGGUGCAGGGUGCGCAGGGGCAGGGGCUGGGAGGCCAGGCGGCGGAGAAUGGUGUGGCGGCGGGUGCUGGUGGCGGUGGUGCGGGCGGUGGAGGAGCAGGAGGGGUGUGUUUUCAGGAUGUCUUUCAUGACUUGGGGCUUGAUGCGGAGGGUUGGAUGCUUGGGGGGUUGGACGAGGCGGCGUGGUUUGGCGCCGGUGGUGACGGGUGGUGA